AUGACUUGGGAAUCUUUUCUGCGGCACUCUGAGAGGACGCAGACUGCAAGGCCCAAAAAGAAAGUCGACCGGUCUUUUCUCAGGAUGGAAGGACCACAAGGCCCCCCUGGUCCCAGAGGUCCCAGAGGGCCUGCUGGUGCCAACAUUACACGAGAAGAGAUGUUCAGGGAAUUCAAGGGCCUCCUGAGAGAGGCCGCAGAAAGAAGAGCCCAAGUUAUGGUUGAAAUGCAGUGCAAGAACUCGACGAAUUGCUCCAUGCCCUUGACCGGCGGUGCGAAUGUGAGCGACUCUCUGCUGCCGUGGCUGCCUCCGCUGGUGGAGAUCGACCGCGCCAGCCUGCUGCCCCGAUCUCAGUCGGGCUUCUUCUGGGAGCUCUCGCAAGAGAUUCGAGCACGCAAGGGCAAGGAGCUGCGCCUGCAACCGUUCCACAGGUGUGCUGUUGAGGAGUUCUAA